AAAGUGACAUGCGCAUUUCGAUGGUAAAUUUAAGUUGAAAAUGGCGAAGUGUUUACGUGGGCAAUGAGCAGAAACCAGCAGAAAAGGUUGCUUAAUUGGGUUGUUUUCGGUGCUGUGCACAAAGCAGAUAGAUGAAACGGCAAAUCAAAAAGAGGAUGUUCACAAAACUACAGUCUUUUCUUCAUAAUGCCGUCGAAGCGCUUGCACCAGAUCUUCCAAGGCUGGAAAGAUUUCAGUACCACUGGAAAAGUGUCACAUCUUUCUUUUUGGAAACAACUGAUGACAGAAUUGCUGUAUCAGCAACCAAUAUACCAAUGCAUAUGGAACAAAUGAUUGAAAUUCUUGAGCAGGAAGAACAAGAACAUGGGGCUACUGGUCCGUGCAUGGAGUAUAUGCUGCAACACAAGUUACUAGAUACCAUGCAAACAUUGGGAAGAGCUGAUUGUCCACCAGGAAUGAAACAGCAAGUUUUGAUAUUUUUCACCAAUUUGCUUGGCAAAAUGGCCCAACCCCUCUUACCUCAUGUCAAUGUGUACAAACCAGUUCAUAAAUUAAUAAGAUGCUGUGGUGAAGUAAAGGCAGCACCAACUGAGAAUGAAGAAGUGCAGUUCUUGUGUCAAGUAUGUUCAAAGCUGAAGCAAGACCCAUAUUUGGUUAACUUUUUCCUCGAGGCCCCAGUAGAGAGCGCUGAUCAGGGUCUGAAAGAAAUCAACGCACCCGUAGAGGAAGCUACUGGUGAAGGCUUAAGACCUGAAUAUGCACUGGUUGAUGCACUUCUUGAAUUGAACAGGAGUGAGGACAGUCGAGUGGCAAUCAAAGCAUGCGAAGGCUUGCUUCUUUGCUCGUCGAUUAGGGAAGAUAAUGCUGCCACAGUUAUUGUUCUGUAUACAGCCCUUUGCGAGAGAAUGGCUGACCGGCUUUGCAAAUUGUUUCAAAGUUUGCCCGACUCGAUGGACCCAGCAGAUGUUGCAUUAAUAUCAGCAAAAUGGGGACUGGACAUUUAUUCCGAUGAUCACAAUUCAGUUUCAUUUCCUGGUAAACGCCAAUUGAUUUCAGUUCUAUCCUGGUUGGAUUACAUCAACUCCCUGUGCAAAGAGGCUCAUCCGAUGGUUUCCAGAGGUCUAGGUGAAGCAAUCCGAGAUCGAUUUCUGAUGUCCCUGAUGCAGUCAAAACUUCUCCAAGCAUCCGAAUCAGGAAUAAUUUCUACAACUGCAAUUCUCAUCAGAUGCUUAAAAAUAAUCGAUGCGCCAAUUCUUCUGAAUGAGUUCUGCACUUUUAUACUCGGCGAUGAUACUGAUUGCGAGGUUGAGGGACAGGAUGGAGGCCAUAGGUUACGCAAUAUGUUGAUCAAAAGAAUCGAUCACUUGUCUGAUCUCUUAUCACUUGAAACGCUCAGACUCUUUGAAGCUCUUUUAAACCUGCCACACGAAGCUGUGCUACGAAAUCUGGUCAUCAGAAACUUGGAAGACAGAUCGUAUUUUAUUGAACCAGUCAAAACGAAUGGGGAAGCCUCGUGCAAUGAAGAUUGUGAAACUGAAGAGAAAAUCCUGGCAGAAGAAGAUAAGAAAGUGGAAGACAGUCAGACGGUGAAUGGUAGAACCGAAAACACCGACGAAUCAACGAAAGAAAAAGUCUUUGAUAAACAAAGGAUAGAGAAAAUUGUCAAUGGUUUUCUGAUGUUGCUGCCCGACAACCUAAAAACAUCUCAACUGGCUGGUGAAUCCGGCUACGAAACAUACUUGAGGGAUGCACAUAAACAGUGUGCAUUUAGAGCGACCCAGUCACUGGAGUUCAACUGGCCUAAAUCACCCGUUUCGCAUUCUGACGAAAAAAGGAGGCAACAUUUUUACGAGGGCUCGUUUCUUCGUGCUUUAUUCAAGAGGCUACAAGGGUUUUUAGACCAACCAUAUGAUAUCAAUUUAAUAAUGACGGCGAUUCUGUCAACGCUGUGCCAAUUUCCGCAUCCUAAUCUUAGCGAAUUUGUUUUGGAUCACACAUGCCCAGUUAAAGAGGAAUACCUAACGCCCCAUAGACUACUAAAAAAGGUUUCUGCUGAUUUAGUUUCCAGAUCAGAGAAGAUUCCAUAUUUUCAAACUAACCUGCUGAAUAUUAGGAAAAAGUUAAUGGGCAUCAAAACCCAAGAUGUAAACAUUGUAAAUGAAAACGUAAUGCAAUCAGCCGUAAUACUGGAAGAAUUUUGCAAGGAACUUGCUGCUAUUGCCUUUGUGAAGGAGACCUCUUAGGCUGGCGACUGGGACCUGGAAUACCAAUUCUUGACGAAAUGUCAUUGGGCUCAACUUAGAUAGUUUUUUAAUAACACUUUUGUAGGAAAGUAAAACAGAAAUCUGGGUUGGAUUAAUUAUUGUAUUCAAAGUAUUAUUGUUUGGCAAAUGAUAUAUUCUAAAGGAUGUUCUCAUUUCGUUUUAAAAGAA